UAUACAUGUACGUGUACCGCGUGACCAAGUAGGCGGGGUCAAUGUAGCAGAGUUACUGACGAUUUUCUGUGGAUUCAGCUGUGUGUUUAUUUCCGCGUAGACAAGAAAGUUGGCGAAACAGGUUUGGAUUCUUCUUUGAUUUAUCGUUACCUUCAAACCUGAUAUCUGUGGGUUUGAAAUAACACACAAUUUGUAGUUUUUAAUUUAAUAGGAAAAUGAAGGGACAAGUUGUCUUGCUGUUUCUCUGUCUGGUCAGCAAUUUGAAACACCUUCACACAGAACAUCGAAUUUCCACUGUUAAAACAGUCUGCUUUCAAGAAGUACAAAGAAUACUUAACACCUCUCCCAGGAUCAGUCAGAAUAAAAUAUUGCUGAAAAAGAGGUCGCCACUUCCAAACUCAACGGAUAGAGAGAUUAAUAGCAAAAAUCAAGUUAGGCCAAACAACUUCAAGGAUGACCUGGAGGACGAUUUUCAAAAUACAUUUUUUGCGCCAUCACGUUUUACCCUUGUUAUUGGUCUACCCCAGAAUGAUAUUGCCAAGGAUUUAGAAUUUACGAAUCUUUUUGAUAUUUUAAAGAACAUUGAUUCUUUUGAUAUGAUGAAUAACCCAGUACUGAAAUCGGGCAUUUGCCCAAUGCCUUCAGUUUCAACCAUUUUUCGAAGCAUUCUUCAGGACUGCAAAGAUGACUGUUCUUUUGAUGAGGAUUGUCCCGGUAAACAGAAGUGCUGUGUUAGUGACUGUGGCUUCAAAUGUUUGAGUCCAAUCUCUAUUCUCGAUAGCUUUGCUACUAAACCUGGAACCUGUCCGGACUCCCCUCGACCUCAAGGAGAUAAAAAUAUUUGGCCUUGCCUCGUUCCACAUUAUCAGUGCUACGUUGACCAAGAAUGUCCAGGAGUGUCAAAGUGUUGCGUUUCAGCUUGCGGAUCCUCCUGUGUUGAUUCUCCAAAAUCCACAAUACCUUCAGCUACGUCACCAAAACGUAUCUAUAUGAUUUUGAAGCCACCAAAGUGCUCACCAGAGGGAGGUUAUGCUGUGGUUCAGCAUCAAGGAACUUUAUCAUGGUGUGUGGACGAGAUGGGCAAACCUCUGCAUCACACACUCACUAUUGGCAUUGUCUUGUGUGAUGUAGAUGGUAAUAUAUUAAAGCGGGAAGAAAAACAACCAGUCUGUCCAGGUUCCGACCAUUCACCAAAAGUUUGUACUGAUGAAUGUCUCUCGCACCAGUGUCCGCUACAUCCUAACUCUGUUUGUGUUGCUGACCCAUGCAAUAACUGUUCCACUAGUUUUAUUAACCAGGAUGACGAAGAAGUGAAUUGUGAAGGUGAGAAUUAUACUUAUUCAUCACAAAUUGUAACACCUCCCAUACCCGUUUCAACGAAGUGUGAAGUUGUGAGAGAGCGCCACCUACAAUUAGGUUAUCCAGCAAACUCGUACAUACCCCAUUGCGAUCUCAAUGGCCAGUUCUUGCCUCAACAGUGUUUCACUUCAGAAGAUGGCGUUGAAAACUGCUGGUGUGUGAAUGAAGCAGGGGUACGAUUAGGGGCUGAAAUAUUUCUUAAAGGGACACAGACUUGUGAAACUGUUAUAUUGAAGAAGAUAAAGGUUGUGCUAGGCUUUUCAUAUAAUUCAUCGGCUCUUAGUAGAUCAGCAUCAGAAGAUAUCAAGAGGUUGGUGAUGAGGCUUCUGAAUGAUAUGGAUGUGGAGAUUGAGGAAGAUAAUGUUCAAGUGAAGAUUUCAUCAUCAGGCGUAAAUGUGAAGUUUAACUUGACUGGUAAGAACAAAGUGGAUGCAGAGUUUCACCUUCAAGAAAUGAUAAAGAAUCUAUCGUUAGAGAUUAAUGGCAUAAAGAUGUCAGCUGACUUGUACAUAUCCACAUUUUCCCAUUUUUUGAACUCUGAUGCAACCCAUGAAAACAGAAUACUGGAACAUAUGCUGGUUAACGUUCAACCGAAUAACGAUGUUCAACACUUGGGAUCUGUGGUUGUUCUAACAGUUGUGGCUGGUGGAAUUGGAGUCCUUGUUCUCUUGCUGUUAGUUGCUGUUAUGAUUUACAAGAGCUCCAAAAGAAGAUAUUUUCCAAAUUUCAGUAAAGAAAAUUUGGCCUUCUCAAGCCCAACCUAUGGAUUGCUUGAAACAAACCCUCAGAAAAAGAUAUCAGUUUCCGAUUAUUUGCCGUUCAGUAAAGAAAUCAUAAUCUCGACUGUAGAUGGUAGUGUUAAGAGCAGUUUCCAGAAGUAUGAAGCACCUCCCCCUUACAACUUUCCAUCACAAGAUACCUUCACAGACCAAUGAGUGAAGUAUACUUACCAGAUUAUGCGUGUGAUGGUUUGUUGUUAUUAACUUGUAGUUUCAGGCUGAGACAAGUUUGUCAUUGUUUGAAUAGUCCUUAGCCUUUAUUAAAAUGAAUUUUAUUAAAGUUUGUUUUGCACCUUUCUGUGAUGUAUUGUAUGUGAUAAGAUGAUUUAGUCACUGUAUUUUAAACAUUUCUUAUAAAUAAAGUAUUUAAGAGGUUUA